AUGCGAUUCGCCCUCGCCGUGCUGUUGGUGUCCAAUGCGUUGCUAUCAUGCAUCACGCAUUGCUCCGAGCAUGCUAGCUCGGAAGCGACGAAGACCAACGCCCCUGUAGGACCUCGCCCCGCAACCAACCACUCCAAAAGCGUGUCUGCCGUCCAACUGCAUCAAGGGGCGAAUGGGAUGACGGAUCAAGAGCCGAGGGUACUGAACUCAGAGUUGAUGGAAAGCGUCCAAAGUUUCGGGCUUCAUAUCAUACGCAAAGCAUUUGAUUGGCAUUCGAAUCCUGAAAUCUACGCAGACUUCAUGAAACAAUUUGUUGACGCACCUCCUUCGAAAUUUUUAUACGCGCCCGCCAAAAACUUCUUUCGAACCAUUCCGGAAGACGAUCUAUUGGCCAUGGCGUUCUUCCACGGGGCGAGAAGCACAUUUUCUCUGUAUACAAGCAACUUCAUGCACGAACUCUCGAUGAGAUUUGGUGUAGCUGCUACGGCAGAGGCACUGUUCGAAAUUGGGAACACGAGAUUUAAUUCUCGGACGUACGUGGCCGCCGACUUGUUGAAUGGUCAGAUGAAAGAGUGGCUUUUAAACGAAUUUUCGCCAAGCAAAGUCUUCCAGCUACUUGAGAUUCGAAACAAAAACUGCGCACCACACGCAAGAUUAAUUAUCCUGCAAGGCUACAUCAACGAGUUUAAUUACACCUACAAGACCAAGUAUAAUCUAUUCAAGACGCUCUCGGAGGUCGAUCACGGUACAGCUGACGCAGGUCUGAUCAAUUCGGAGAAGCUCCACCGCUUGAAAAAUGAGGAGGCGAUGAUGGAGAAGCUAAUCGUUUAUGGUAUGAAGGAUUUGGAUAAGUUUCGUGCGAUGGAGGUGUUCAAGCUCCAGCCCGUGCAGCUAUUUCAGCCUGAAUGCAGCUACGUUGUGAAGGAAUUGAUGCUGAAAGGAGAUCUGAAAGAUGCAAGAACCUUCUACGGUGAUGGCGCAUUCGCCGACGGAAUCUUGCAGGCGCUGGAGCCGAAUACUGACACGGACAAAACGGCUGCUGCAAAUAGCCUAGACUGGUUGUUUGGUCAGUGGAGAAGCAAGUACGACGAUACGAGGGUUCUCACGGACAGAUUGGCGAAUGAAGUAGGACAUGUCGACGAAGAGCGAGCGAAAGAAAUUGCACGCCGAUACGAUCUCUGGAAACUUAGCAUCGAAACCGCAGGAGGACAUUCGUAA